AUGGCCCAGGAGCGGCUCUGGCACCGCCUCUCGGCGCUCAAGUUUGCGACGGAGGCGGCCGCCGCCGGCCGCGCGCGGCUUGAGCGCCUGGCGCCUGCGGCGCAGGAGGCCGCCGCGGCCGCGCAAAAGGCGGCUGCCGCGGCGCACAAGGCUGCGGCCGGCCACGGCGGCGCGCGGGGCGGCGGCAAGCGGGGCGGUGGCGCUAAGAAAGCAGCGGCGGCAGCGGCGGAGGGCGCGGGGACGCCGGAGCCAUCCCUCGUGUCAGGCAAGAGGGUGACAUUGUCAGACGAAGAAAAGGCGGCGCUGCGCGCAGACAUCGCUGCCGCGGAGGCGGCGGAGGCGGCGCAAGCUUACGACGCGGUGCUAUCGGGCCUGGGGGAGGCGGGCGCGGCUGGGGGGGCGGUCAAGCAGGAGGAGGGCGGCGCGCUGGGCGUCAACGGCGGCGGCAGCAGCAGCGGCUCGGUGGGAGCGGAGGCUGACCACCUGGCGAUGUGGGCCCACGAGGACCUGGCGCAAGUCCUGGUGGAGCACAUGCAGUGGCAGGAGGCCCACCGGAUGGUUCGCCACAUGGAGGCGCAGGCCCGGGCGGACGCAAAUCUGGAGGUGGCCUGGCUGGCGGCCGAGGCCGCGGAGCGCAAGGCGCGCGAGGCGGCCGGCGCGGCGGCGGGCGCGGCGGGCGACGCGGACGCCGCGCGGCGCGGCGCCAUGCGGCGGCAGCGGUCCAUGCCGGUACACGGGGGCGUGGAGCACGACGGCGGCGACGCCAUGGGAGCGGCCGCGGCGGCGGCGCGCGCGCAGCAGUUUGCGCAGCGCGACAAGAAGAAGCGCAAGGCCGCCCGCGACUACGAGGACGAGGAUUACGUAAUGGGCAUGAAGCAGGGCGCGAUGCCGCCCGGCGCGCGCCCGCCGCAGCCGCGAGCGCCUCAGACGGCCGACCCGCACUUCAAGCGGCUCAAGAUGGGCGGCGGGCAGGGCGCGAUGGGCGCCAUGGCGCGGGGCGACGGCGUGGCGCGGGUGCAGCUGCCGACGGGCGCGCCCCGCGCGGCGCUGCCGCGCCAGGCCAGCACCAGCACGCCGCACCUGUGGGCGCCGGCCGACGAUGACAUGCUCUGCGCCAUGGUGCGCCCAGGGGAACGAGAGACGUUUGCAUGGGCCUGA